UGAACGUCCUACUAUCCGUGUUAGGUUGUGACAAGAGUUGGUUUCCCAGGAAAACUAAACUUUUGGUAGAGACGUGCAAAGAAGAUGGAGAAGGAAUCGAGUUGGCUCUGAGAUACACAGUGCUAUGGGGACAAUGUUUGCUGACCAGCGUUGGAUCAUAUGAGGAGUGCUCAAGGUGAAGUGGAUACAGUCUGCUGUAUCUGAAGACGCCUCUGAGGGUGACAAUGCCAGAAAUGACAGAGAUGACAGAGAAUCAGACUCCUUUAGAGAAGCCCCACAGGAAGAAAAACAGAGAAUCUCACAAUGCAGUUGAGAGACAUCGGAAAAAAAAGAUAAAUUCGGGAAUCAACAAAAUAGGAGAGCUCAUUCCUUGUUCAGCAGCUUUGAAACAGAGCAAGAACAUGAUUCUGGAGCAGGCUUUCAAAUAUAUAGUAGAGUUGAAGAAACAAAACGAUGAGCUGCUUCUGAACCGGGGCGACAAGGAGCAGGCUGAAGAGAUUAAAAGACUCAGGAAACAACAAGAAGACCUGAGGAAGGAGAAUGGCCACUACAUUGAACUGUUGAAGGCUAAUGGCAUCAAUUUCCAGGAUGACCCCACUGUCCAUUGGAGAGGAAACAUGAAAAAAGCUAAAGUGGCAAUGGUCAUUCCUACCCACCAGGUUCAGAAGGGAAUCAUUGUUUUCUCAAACUGCAACAAGGUCAAUCCCAGUUGUCCAGAAGCUGUAAUCCAGAAUGUGGUGGUGAAUGCUGGGCCGAGUUUACAGGAGCAGACUGCUGAUCCUGUGACUAUACAGAAUAUGUGUAAUAUGACUGCCCCUGAACUCUGCUGGAAAGGGACCCAGCUGCAGGACAUUGCACCUACAACAUGUGCAAAACAGCAGGCUCAGCCAAGCCUUCCCACCACACUUUCUACGACUAAAAACAGCAUUGCCAACUAUACAUCUGCCAGAACGGUGCAGAACACACAAAGUGCGCCUGUUUCCGUUUCCCGGAAUGUCCUUCCUGACUGUUUCACAACUAGAACUAAUGUGCAAAAUCAAACAGCACUUUCAGCUGCCAGCAGCAAACCACAGACUGCAAACUCAGCACAGACCAUUCCAGCAAAUGUUAACACCUCAAAUAUUUUACAUCUGCAGCCAUUGCAUUUACAGCAGAGUAAAUCUAAUUCAGUUCUACAGGAGCCAGCGUUGCAGGCUUCAUUACAAGCCCCUCCCCUGAGAACCUUGAUUUCUGAAAAGCUUUCCACCUUCAAUAAGAGCACAUCUGUAGCAAAUCAUAGCAUGCCACCAACAGCCACAGCUCAAGUUUUGACUUCUAUCAAUACUUUCCCAUGUUUAGAUAAUACCUGCUCUAUCCCAUGUUCUUCUUCCAGUAUCAGCAAUGAUUUAAACAGUGUCGACACUUUUACCAGGAUAGCUUGUGGUAACACCCAGACCACAUGGACUACACUACAGCUUGCUGGAAACACAGUGCAGCCUUUGAACCAAAUGCCUUCUGGUAUUAUGCCCACUUCGAUGAAUGAAACAGUCACAAAUGCAUCAUUAGACAGCGGGAUUCUUAAUGGGUGCAACGUAGUCGCUCCAAUUGGCUUGAAAGGGACUUCUCUGUGCCCUGCAGGUAGGCAGCAAGCACAUUCACAAAUAGCUGCGGUUUCCUUGCCCUCUCUUCACUCUGUUCCUAUACAGCCCGUGUUAGCACAGCCCCAGAUUGCUAUUCAGCCACAACCUAAUGUCCUCCCAUUGCUACAAGCGAUGCAGGUUAUCCAGAUGACUAAUCCUGCUGGUGCAGCCGUCCCUCAAACUGGUGCUAAUCCAAACGUUGUCAUCCUACAACCAGCCAAUACUGGCCCAACACCAGCUGUGGUUAGGGAGGGCAUAGCCAAUCAAACUCCAUGUCAGCAAAUAGUAAUCAUUCAAGCAGCCAAUCAGAAUGCCGUACUUCAUAAUCAACAAACAACUGUUGCACCAUCUGCUGUCCCAGUAGCCAAUCAUGUUGUUACUUCCAGUUGCCCAGUUCAGACCCCAAGUCUCCAAACUGUGGGUGGCAAACACCUUGUGCAUAUUCUCCCUAGACCACUUGCUGCCUCUGACAGUCAACAGCAAGCUCAGACCAUUUCAGUGAAUGGUCAGAUAUUUGCGUUGCAGCCAGUAAAGCCUUCCCGUGGAGUGUCCAGCCAGAACCCCAUGCAAAUUGUUCAGCCCACAACCUGUGAAGACCCAACAACAAAUGUAGCCCUUAACACUUUAGGCGCUCUCUCUAACUUGAAUCAGAGUAUCUCGCAGAUGGCUGGCCAGAGCCGUGUGCCACUCUCUGUGGGUCAGACUUCUACCCAAGGAGCAUCAUCUGCUAGCAGCCAGAUAAACAUCCCCAUAUCCAACAUCAGUGUUGUAGCCUCCAGUACAAGCACACCCAGCAACUUAUCUGUCUGCUCGAUAUCAAAAAGCAUCUGCAGCACAAGUGCAGUGACAAUGUUAAAGAAACCCAGCACACCUGCAGGUUCCAAACCUAAAAGGACUUCUUCAAAGAAACUGAAACCCUCCAAACAACGGUCUUCACCUCUAAAGGCAUCUAAACCUUCAUGGAGCCAGAUGGCAAAUGUUGAUGUGCAACCACAACUUCCAAGUAAGGAGACUCAGUUUGUAUCGGAGCACCUAACAGCUGCAUCAGAGUCAACUGCCAAUACACCGGUAACAUCCUCUGCUCUGCUUGUAGUGUCUUCUGGAUUGUCCCAGUCUGCUCUUAGUAAUGAAUAUGUUGCAAAGGAGCCAGUCGGAACUACUGCAUCAUCCUGUUCUGCGCCUGCUGAAUCCGUCACAGUGCAACAGCCAGGCUUAAUUACCCCAGCGUUGUGUGUGGAAGAAACAGCACUGCCCCUGCCACAAACAACCUUUCAAGACAGCCAGACAACAAAUGUGUCCUCCACCAACACUUCCUCGUCUGAAUCUUUGUCAUGCAUAAUGACCAACAUUUCUGAACUGUCUGCUCAGAUCUCAAUGUCUUGCCUUAAUACUCUUCCGCUACAAUCCAUAGGAUGUGAAACCCAAAAUAAUAACUUAGUUUCCUGCAGCAGAUCUGGAACUUCUACAACAUCUGUCAGUUUUCCAGAGCCUAAGAUUCAAAGACCAGAGUCUGCUAUAUCAUCAUCAUCAUCUUCCAUAUCCCAGGCCAGAUCCAUUGCACCAGAACCUAAACAGACAACAGCUCAAGAUGAUUUAAACACUAGCUGCUCUGGCUCGAAGGAGCCACCGUCUAGUGACUUAACUGAUAAAGAAGAUCAUAACCAAGAUAUUUUGUUGGUCAACAAGGAAAAUGCCCCACAACAGCAGGCUAGUGUACCAGAUCAUGAGGGUGCAGGCAAUUCUUUGCUUUCCAAUAGGCAGUCAGACUCUCCAAUGUCCACCAGCUCUGGCAGCAGCCGGGGAUUCUCUGUGGCAUCCAUGCUCCCCAAUGCCAAUCGAGAAGAUGUCCCUUGCGUUGGUACGUCGGGAAACAUGUACAACAGUUUCAGUUUCUCAGAACAAGCGGAUAUCUUGGCUCUUGCAGCCACAGCCAUUUUUGACGAAGAAAGCCAAAACAAGAAAGGUGUAACCAGUGGCUCUGAAGUUCACUUACAUGGACAAGUUUCUAUAAACCAGCAGCCUCCAUCCGUCAACAAAGAGAAAGAUAGCAGCCAACAGCCUAAAAAAAAUCAGGAGGUAAAGGAAAGUAUUUCGAAACACACAGAAGUUCAACCAGUAAAGUUACCCUCCCAGGUUCAGGUAAGCAAUGAAAGACCAAAAACGGUUAGCAGCAGUUCUGCUGGUAUAAAUCUACCCGUGUUAAUUUCAGCCUCCCAUUCAUCAACCUCAGCAGGCUGUCUGAGUGUUAAUAACUUAAUACAGCAGAACACUGUUAGCCAAACUUACGUCUGUUCUUCUAACCUGAAUCCUCCAGACCACCCUCAAGUUUCAGUGAACAUGCCAAGGUCAUCUUCCAGUUCUUUCACGACUCAGUGUAGUGGACCAACACAAAUGUUGGAAUACACUCACAAGAAUGUUGCCAUGAGAAGCCAGGUUGUUCACGAUUUACACUUGAAGCAGAACAGCGAACAUCACAAGGAUGCUUCCAAGCGUUCUUCUCAAGAGGACCUCCUCCUUCCAACAAACAAGCGACAGAAGCAGUGCCACAGCUCCAGUAUAACAAGGCUUGAGGUCAAGUCUGCAUUGGGCAGAGCCCUGGAGAAUGUGCCGGAACAUCCUCAAAUUAUGAUUAACCAACUUCCUUCUAGUUCCACAAGCUCGGUCAUCUCAAGUAACAACAACCAGGGUCAUGAUGGUCUCAGCACCUUGUUUUCAACAAACAGUUUCAUGCAUUCAGUUCUGAGGCAAUCCGAGAUACAAUGUGUGCCCCAGCCUGCAAUUCAGGAGAAACAACAAGGUCAGCAAAGUGGACAGCAUUUACAGCAGCAUCCCCACCAUGUUGCUUCCCAAGCAGCGCUUCACCUUCACAGCAACAAUCCGUAUCUCAAACAGCAGCAGCAGCAGCAACAACAGCAAGAACAGCAGCUUCUGGGACAAAUAAGAGAAAGGCAUCAUUUAUAUCAACUACAGCACCACCUUACUCAAUCGGAGAGUCAGCCAGUCUCCCAACAGCACCAUAGCAUCCACCAGCAGAGGACUAUGCAGCAAGAAGUCCACAUGCAGAAGAAGAGAGGUCUUCUACGAGGAGCACAGGUUGGACCCCAGAUGUCUUUACAGCAGAAGCAGCACCACAGUGGUGGUGGGGAUCAGAAUAUACAGCAGAAAGGUGGACCGCCACAUUCUCAUCACCAGCACCUUCAACAGCAGAUACAACAGCAGCAGCAACAGCAUUUUGGAGGGCCACACCCAGAGAAAGGGUGUGAGAACCCAUCCACAAGCAGGAGUCACCAUGCCGGUCAUCCCCAAGGCCAUCUCAGUCAAGAAAUCCUGCAUCAGCAGCAUCAACAGCAGCAGCAUCAACAACAACAACAGCAAGAGGGUAGCAACAGUCGGCAACAAGGAGUUCAGGUUGAUCAUGGUUUAGGGCAAAAUCAAAUGCAGAUGCUGAUAACUUCCAGGACUUUAGAGCAACAGAUGACUUCACAGCCAAGCAUUGUAUCCCGACCUUCGGAUAUAACAUGUACUCCAACCAGGCAGGAAAGGAACAGGAUUUCUAAUUAUUCUGCUGAAGCGCUCAUUGGGAAAUCCACUUCCACUACAGAGCAAAGAAUGGGUAUGUCCAUCCAAGGUCCUCGAGUGAAUCAGGAGCAGUCUGAUAUGAGGUCGUACCUUGAUGUUUCAAGGAGCAAAGGUAUAGUGCACAACAUACAAGGCAGGAUCUCGGUAGAACACCCUGUAGUUUCUGAUGUUCAGCGAGUUUCAGAGUGUCCCCCGUUUAAGACAAUUGGGGGUAACCAGCAUCAGAUACCCAACUUUGAAGUGCAGGCUUCCCGAAACAGCGACAUGGCAGCUAAAGUGGUGCCAUCACAUAGAGGAAUGCAGUCGCAAGGUUUUAGAAUAGGACAAGCCCCAUCCAUUGACAGGCAACAAAGAGGAUCUUACCAGCCAGCUCAAGCAGGGAGUGGUAUUCCAUCUAGAGAGAAUGAGAACUCCUGCCAUCAAAGCUUCAUGCAGAGCCUGCUGGCUCCUCACCUUGGGGAACCAAUCAGUGCGAACCAGAGGAUUUCUGAUCACCAGAGGAAUGCUCAGUGCUGUCCACCGGUCAGUAUGGAAUAUAAUUGUCCUCCAGUCAGGGAGAGUGUCCACGUAAGGAGAGAGAGUGAGGCUCCGAACCGGGAAAGCUGCAACAUGCCCUUAGGCGUGAUUAGCUCCAGAAACAACUCUGUAAAUAUUUCCUUCUCCAGCUCCUCUGCAGCCGGGGACAUCCAGAACAAAAACACGAGUCCUAUUGUUGCUGCACAAAAGCCCACCUCUAUGAGGAUGAAUGAUAGUCAAGGGAACAAGAGUCACUUGAAUCAACAGGUUACCACCAACAUGCAUGGGACUGGUGUCAGGCCAGUCCUUCCUCAUACUGUGGUCUCUCAUGGCAGCUCUGAGCAAAGCCGUUCCACAGUUCGCUCUCUAAACACAUCUGCAAGCCACCGCUCUAGGCACCCAGCACAGGACGCCCAGAGCUCGAAAAUACGUCCCUCUGAAAGAACUAGGUCUGGAAACCAAAGGCAAGGCAACACCUUUGACCCAAACACCCAUAUUACUCUAACCUCAAACAGUGGUAUGAUUCGCCAGCAGAUUGCUGCUGAGAGACGUGGAAGCAUUGUGCGCUUUAUGGCCGACAGUCCACAAGUCUCAGCUGACAACCUAGCCACAGACCAGCAUGCCUUAUCACAGAACUUUGGCUUCUCAUUUAUUCCUGAAAGUGGCAUGAAUCCUCCCAUAAAUUCUAAUGCUUCCUUUAUCCCUCCAGUUACCCAACCCAGUGCUACACGAACACCAGCUAUCAUACCAGUGGAGCCACAGAAUACCCUGCCCUCUUUCUACCCUUCAUACUCUACUCCUGCUCACCCAAGCCUGUCUAACGAUAUCUCCAUACAGUAUUUCUCCAAUCAGAUGUUCACCAGCCCCAGCACAGAGAAGGCUAACAGUGGGGGUCUGAACAACCGCUUUGGUUCCAUUCUGUCUCCUCCCCGGCCAGUAGGUUUUGCACAGCCAAGCUUUCCUCUGCUUCCAGACAUGCCCCCGAUGGCGAUGGCCAACACCUCGGGCAUCACUCCCCACCUAUCCAACUUUAACCUAACCUCUUUGUUUCCCGAAAUCGCUACUGCACUGCCUCCUGACGGCUCAGCCAUGCCCAUGUCUCCCCUGCUCUCCUUGACUAACACUACCACCUCUGACACCACCAAGCAGCCUUCCAACAGACCAGCGCACAACAUAAGCCAUAUUCUAGGACAUGAUGGUAGUUCAGCUGUCUGAAAAAUACGCCAUGUGUAAGCCUAGUCCUAGCAAUGUCUUAAACAGUAAGUAGCAAUGUUCCAAAAAAUAUAGCUUUCCAUGUCCCCAGGUGUUGCUACAACUGUUUACAUAACAUACCUGUAAUUUUUCUUUUCAUUGUUAACUUGCUGACUUUUUACACUUGCAACUUUGAACAGAAAAACUAGAGCACUUGCUGUUAUUUUUUUUAAUGGAUUUUUUCCUGCAGUGAUUUAGAGGACAGAUUUCAAACCCCAGUGCAUUUGAGCGCACACAAAAGAGCUUUCAAACACUUUACCGUUAUAGGUGUAAAAACAUUACAGUGAAAAGAAAAAUUCCAGAUACGUUAUUUAAGCAGUUGCCACAAACACUUGGGGCCGUAUAAAGCUAUAUUUUUCAGAACCCCGGCUCUUACUCUUUAAAUUUUGGAAAUCAUAAUAAUAAUCUAUCAUUAGAUGCAGUGUAGAUUACUGGAGGCAAAAUGUACAGGAUAUUUGAAGAUGGAGGGAGGCGGGAAAUUGCAGUACAUUUUAAUUCAUCAUGCACAUUGCACUAAAAAUAUUAAGCUUUUGCAGCAGUGAUAAGUUUGCACCAUUUUGCACUUUGACAAAGUGGAAUGAUGGUAAUGUUGUACCGUAAUCUUUGAUGCAGUACAUCAUUGGUACUUGCUUGUGGCAUUUCAAACCAGGUAAUUGAAACUAGUGCAAAAAGUAAUAUUGUGGUUAAAUUCUCUUCAGUUUUAAGCUGCUGUUUAAAUUAUAAUAGCACUAAUCGACCCUAAUCACAAAACUUUUAACUUAAUCUUUUAUGUUUUUUUUAAAGCCUAUAUAAAAUCAUGCAUUUCACUGUUGAAAACAAUUCUAUCAUCAGUGAUAACAAAUUAGUUCACCUAAAUUAAACAAAAACAUAUAUAAGUUUAACAAACUCCCAUUAUUUUUCAAUAUAAUUAAAGUUCUAGAACUAAAGUUCUAAGCUAUCCUAAUGUGUUUAUUUCUCAGUUUCUAAUGCCAUGAAAAUGGACAUCAGUGUUGGGUCUCAGACCUCCUAAAUGGUUUGCUACAGUAGUGCAGUUGUUGCUGUUUUAUCAUUUGUGCUUCAGCCAGAAGAUGGGGCUAGAUAGUCUCUGUAAUAUUUGGAACCAAAAGGUACCUUCUCAACUUUAUUUGUUAGUUUAAAACAAGUCUUACUGUUUUUACUUUAGCUAUAAUUUAACAAAACAAUUAAAAAAUUGUAGUUGUACUACUGAUGACACCAGUGAUUAAUGCAAUUGUCUAUUCUUAUAUUAGGUAAACCACUCUUUAAAAAAUUAAAACUCCAAUCAUUUAAGAUGGCCUGUUUAGUGUGUGGGUUCUGGCUGGGUAUGUUACUUUCCUUUUGAAAUGGCAGCUGAGCCAAACUGAUGCCAACAGCUGAUGAUUAUAAGAUCAUAGUAUAUUUGUGUUCUCGCUAAAGUGUGAGGGAGCAUCAGUGACGUAGGUUCAUGCUACAGAGAUAGAUGGAGGCUGUUUUGUAUUUUGAAGUGUAAGGCAUGUCUGCAUUUUCAGUAAUGUUUGAGUGACUCGAUUGUCAGUUGUGUGUCACUGUAGGGUAUUGUAUCAUUUAUACACGGAUACAAGGGUUACAUUACCGGUGUCUGAAUUCCUGUCUCCUCUUGGCAUUCUGAACAGCUCUUCCUGAUGUUGAAAUUGGGUUUGCUGUACAGGGAAGUUGGCAAGACACCACCUGCUCCUGAGUUUUUCUAUAUAAAAAGCACGUUUCUGUAUCUCCUAUAUUUUUUUAAUCAUUAUUUUCAUUGCGUGCUUUGAAAAUGGGAGCCCCUGAUUUGCCAGUGUAGAAGGAACAGCAGUUUUCUUGGCUUGCUGUGUAAAAAGCCAAAGCAAGCACCGAGGAGUGACAGGUUUGUACACCACUCACUGACUUCCCUUAGCACUGCUAAUUUGUAAAAUUUAUGUUGAAAGGCAACUUGUGAUAAGGAAGAUUUUGUGCUUGCAUUGCCUUUUAAAGCUGCCCCAAAAUGGGUUCACAGUUCUGUCAGCAGCUUUUAUUAACUUUCAAGCCUUUGUUCAUCGGCCAAAGUUGGCACCGUUAUUUCAACAGGACGUAUACAGUACAUGAUGCAGAGCGCUUCAGUGUAAAGAAGGUGGUCUGGUUCCUUAGACUUGGGAUUUAAAGCAAGCUCCUUUCAGAUUGAUUUUAUAAUGUCCUAGCCCACAAGUAAUAGUACGUUAUUUGGGGGCAGCAAAUUCACACGGCUUCAAUGAAAUAUUAUAGUGGAAGCUGAAUAGUGUACAAACAUUAUGUUGAAUUUCCUGUUGUUGUACUGUUAAUUUCAGAACAAUGGCCACGAAUGAAAUGAUGCGUAGCUUAAACUGAUUUUAUUUAUCUUUUCACCCUACCGUUAACUUUAUCAUUCUGUGUGGUUCUGUUGCUCCAACGCUGACAUUUCCUCAAUGUCAGAAUCUAUCCGGCAUCGUCUAUAAAAUCAGGUAGAUUCUAGUAGAGAGGAACUCGGAACCACCCAGAACGAUUGUAAAAACCAUGAAAGUUAAGAGAAAUUGGGGGACAAGAAUCAAAUGAAAUACGGAGAUACUUCUAAUAAUGUAUCACAAUGUAAUGUGAACGAUUCCACAGCGAUUCCAUUACCGUGUGCCACCCAAUGUGGGAAUUAGUGGUUGCUAAUGGGAAUGAAUUCGAUCCACGUUUCUUAAAAAAUAUCAGCUCAUGUAUUCAAAGGUAGUUUGACAUGCUGAUUCUAAUGCCUGUGUUUAAUAAUGUGGAUGAGAAGCCCAGUGGUUAUGAGCAAUACGUGCUUUACACUUGCUGCUCUAAACAGUGCUGUGAAUUUUCUUUUGUUUUUGAUAUCAAGUGUGUAAAGAAGAACACUAAUUGAAAUCUGAACAUCUUUGAAGUCAGGUUAUUGGUUUAUGCAAACAGAAUUUGAUCAUGUUUGAUUUGUUAUUAAAAACUCAUUGAGGGGUUCAGCAACAAUCAGGGUUUACAAUGUGAGCUCGUUUGUUUGGAAUUGUACAUGUUUGUUAAAUUUAAUAAAAACUUUGUA